CGGGCGAGCGAGCGGGUGAGCGUGUGAGUGAGUGAGUGGGUGGGUGAGCGAGUGGGUGGUUGAGUGAGCGAGCGAGUGGGUGGUUGAGUGAGCGAGCGAGCGUGUGGGCAGCAAUGCUGUUCUCGUUUUCCAAGUCCCACAAGUCCCCCGUGGACAUUGUGCGCACACUGCGGGAGAACCUCGCCCUGCUCGAGACGGCUCAGCAGCAGCAGGAGCAGGACAAGAGGACGGAGAAGCCGGCUCCCGCCGGUCUCCCGCACUCCUACAGCUCGCCAGCGCUCUUUAGCAGCCAAGCUGCCGCUCACAAACAACAGCAGCAGCAUCAUCAUCAUCUUCAGCAGCAUCUCCAGCAGCAGCAUCAUCAGCAGCAUCUCCAGCAGCAUUACAAAGAGGAUCAGCAGGAGCAGCAGCAGCAGCAGAAGCAGGAGCAGCAGAAGCAGGAGAAGGAGCAGCAGCAGCAGCAGCAGCAGCAUCACUCCGCGAAUCGUUUCUUCAGACACUCGAUUCCGAACCUGAGGAGCGAGAGCCACCCUCCAGAGCAGCACAGCAGCAGGAGGCUGUGGGCCAAGAGGCCGUCGCUGAAGCCCGGCAAGGACUCGGCGGAGCUCAGGGCGUUCAGCGGCGUCGGCGGGGGCAGCAGCGGAGCCUCGGCCGCCUCGGCCUCGGAGGAGGUGUCCCGCAGCCUGUCGGCCAUGAAGGAGGUGCUGUGCGGGGCGGGCGACAGGGAGCCGCAGGCCGACGCCGUCGCCCUCCUAGCCCAGGAGCUGCACACCAGCGGUCUGUUGACCACGCUCGUGGCCAACCUGCAGCGUAUUGACUUCGAGGGCAAGAAGGACGUGGCGCAGAUCUUCAACAACAUCCUGCGGCGACAGAUUGGCUCGCGCACCCCCACGGUGGAGUACAUCAGCUCCUGCCCUCACCUCCUGUCCACGCUGCUGCGCGGCUAUGACUGUGUAGACAUUGCGCUACACACGGGCGCCAUGUUGCGUGAGUGUGUUCGCCACGAGCUGCUGGCCCGCUCCGUGCUCACCUCUCCCCACUUCUUCCGCCUCUUCCACUACGUGGACGCUUCCACCUUCGACGUCGCCUCGGACGCCUUCGCCACCUUCAGGGACCUGCUGACGAGACACAAGGCUCUCUGUGCUGAGUUUCUGGAUCAGAACUACGAGCGGGUAUUUGAGGAGUACGACAAACUCCUGCUGUCCUCCAACUACGUGACCAAGAGGCAGUCUCUCAAGUUGCUGGGUGAGCUGCUCCUGGAGCGUCACAACUUUGCGGUGAUGACGCGCUACAUCAGCCAGCCGGAGCACCUCAAGCUCAUGAUGAACCUGCUCAGAGACAGCAGCCGCAACAUCCAGUUCGAGGCCUUCCACGUGUUCAAGGUGUUCGUGGCGAACCCCAACAAAGCGCCGCCCAUCCUGGACAUCCUCCUCAAGAACCAGGCCAAGUUGGUGGAGUUCCUCGCCGCCUUCCAGGUGGACCGCACCGAGGACGAACAGUUCCGUGACGAAAAGGCCUACCUGGGGAAACAGAUCCGUGACCUCAAGCGGCCCACGUCACCCGCUGAGGCCACGUAGCCGAGGGGAAGGGGGGGGGGACCCCCACUCCACCCACACCACCCACACCACCCACACCACCCACACCACCCGUUCACUCGCUGGGCCACUGAUCCGGUCACUCGCUGGCUCACUCAGUCACUCGCUGGCUCACUCAGUCACUCACUAGCUCACUCAGUCACUCGCUAGCUCACUCAGUCACUCGCUAGCUAGCUCGCUCA